CUGAAUUAUGGAAGGAGGUGACUUUUAUGUUCACCUUUAUUUACUUAUUUUUAGUCCAUAAAAAAGGCUGAUUGAUUGUGAAUUUAAGACUUUUUUUAAACAAUUGAUCUCUAAGAAAUAUAUUCGAUUGUUUUCAUCUAAAGGACUGGUUCAGUGAUUAUUAAUUUAAUUCUUGACUCCAUGUAUUUUCAAUUCAAAUGUUUUUUCAUCUAUAAUAAUGAUGAGGAUGAAUCUGAAAUUUUUGAUUCUGUUCCUAUGCAUCACAUUGGUUUUCGUUACGUUUUCAGUUUGGAUUAGGUGUGGUGGUGAAAUUACACCUUUUCCUAAAGCUUAUAAAGGCGAGACAAUCAUCAGUAAAUCACAGGGUCUGGCACUCACUGAAAAUUCUGGCUUAGAAGAAAUUGAUUGUCACAUCAAUGGAGAAUACACUGUUUCAUGUAGAAGAGAGGCUGAUGAAGUUUAUAUACCAUUCUCUUUCAUUCAUAAAUAUUUUGAGAUUUAUGGAAAACUUGCAAAAUAUGACGACACUGAAAGAUUUGAAUGGUCUCAUUCUUAUUCUAAAGUUUACUAUCCGAAAGGAAAGUACGACCCGAAAGGAGUUUUUCUAUAUUUUGAAAACUACAAUGUAGAACUUCGCGAAAGAGUAAAAUGCAUCAGUGGCACUGAAGGUGUUCCUAUUUCCACUCAAUGGGAAGUGCAGGGUUACUACUAUCCUACCCAGAUAGCUCAGUUCGGGCUGUCCCAUUAUUCAAAAAACUUGACUGAACCGGAGCCGCGAUUCAAGAUCAUCGAAGAUGGUUCUGCUCACAGAGCAAACUGGUCGGGAAUAGUGGUUCGUGAAAACGGUGUUGUAAAAUUCAGUAGUCAAGCCGGAGGAAUCAUCACGCUAAAUCUUGAUCAUGUACUGGAUUUUAUAAUGAGUGUUGACUUGCAGCUCAGUUAUAAAGAUAAUUCUAGUUUAGUUGUCGUUCUUCAGAACAGAGAAAAAUUUGAAACUUGGAUUAUUCACUACUCUUGCCAAGCACCCAUGAUAUUUUCACAGGAUGCUGAAGUUUAUUACAAAAUAAACUGUGAAGAAGGCGAAUGGACUCACCUUACUAGAGAUCUUCUCGUUGACCUACAGAAAGGACUUUCUAUUCAAAAUAAACCUAAAAAGAAAUUUUCUAGAUCUAAAUAUAAGGUGACCAAGAUUAUUCUCGAAGGGCAAGGGAAGCUGGACAACCUCACGAUGGCUACGAGCCGCCACCUUGACCAGUUCUACGCUGCUGCUAAUUGGCUCGUGCACCACCAGGAUCCAGCCACGGGCGGCUGGCUCAACAUCGUACGCCGACGAUGGGGUCCGCCGGGCAUGAAAGAUUUGUUACCUGGCUGGUUGUCAGCCAUGGGACAAGGUCACGGGAUAUCCGUCUUAGCAAGAGCAUACCAUACUUCGAGGGAUCCAAUAUAUUUGAAGGCCGGUCUGGAAGCGCUGCGCCCUUUCCACACUCUCAGCGAGAACGGUGGUGUCCUCGCCAAGUUCUUUGGAGGCUAUCCCUGGUACGAAGAAUAUCCAACGCAGCCAUCAUCAUUUGUCCUGAAUGGCUUCAUAUACUCACUUAUUGGUCUUUAUGAUCUUCUUACGCUUGCUCCUAAGGAAAACAGAAACGAGGCAAAAGUUUUAUUUGAGCAGGGAAUGGAAUCUUUGAAAAAGCUGCUCACUCUCUACGACAGCGGAUCCGGUUCCUUCUACGACUUGCGACACCUGUCGUUGGGUUCGGCUCCCAACGUGGCGAGGUGGGACUAUCACGCCACUCACGUUAAUCAGCUGUUGCUAUUGGCUACGAUAGACAACAGCACUAUUAUAUCCAGCACUGCCUCACGUUGGAUCAGGUAUAUGAGUGGUAAGAGAGCUCCUCAUAAUUGAUCGCUGAAACGACUGCACUUGAAAAGUUCUUAACUUAAGAGAAACUUUUCUUCACGUUCUAGACAUUGGCAUCGUGUGCAUAGUUGGUGAAUUUAAAAAAAAAGUUAUUUUAUUUUAUUUAUUCCGUAUUUAUAAAAUACUCAAGAUUUAUUGUUGUUAUUGUUAUUACGCAUGCGAUGUUUCAUUGCGUCGCAUGUACUAUUAGUCAAGCUCGAGAUUGGUCAAGUAUUGAAUACUUUUUGUUUAAAACUUGACUUAUCCUGCCCAAUUUUUUUUUUUUUUAUGAUUAUUAUUAUUUAAAUUAUUUUUAUUUUUUGUACUUAUAUAUGUUAAGUGAAUUUUUUGUCCAGGUUGACUGUGGAUAAAAAGUAUAAUUGAAUUGAUGAGAUAUUUAGAAAUGUUUCUAAAGUCUUGAAAAAAGUAUGUGAUAUUUUAAAUUGUAUAAAAUAUGUUAUGAUUGGUAUUAAUCUUCGUGCUGGAUUUAAAAUUUUUCUUUCUUUUUUAUUAUUGCUCAGGAGAAAUUUCUUUUUGAUUUCCUUCGAACCAUGAGCUCAUGUUGACCUCUUUUAUUUUUUCCUUAUAACCAAUUAUUUUUGUUGUUUCAUAAGUUUAAUCAUAUAAUCAGCAACAAUUAUAUGUGUAAUUUUUUUACUUUCACUUACCUGUAUAUAUAAUAUAUAGCAAGAGUAACUGUUGUGAUCCUGAAAAUUUUUGAAUCUGAGUUUUCAACGAAAAUAAACAUUUUGAGGUCCCCUGAGUCCAAAUAAUCAAGUCGCGCAAAAUGGUCUGUGUGUGUAUGAAUGUGAACAGUCUAGCUCAAAAAUGAAAAGUCGUACAAAAGUGAAAUUGCACAUUUAAGGUUUUUAUUUGCUUUGGAUGUUACAGCAACUUCUUCAACAAAAUCGGCUAACCGGAAAUGGCACUUUAUAUCAUGGACUAAACAUAUUUUUACGAUUUUCUCGAAAACGGCUCCAACGAUUUUGAUUAGAUCUGCCCAUCUUAAUCUCCUUGCCUUCAUAUCACUGUUAGCAGUUCUUUAUUAGUCCUUCCCCUUCAUGUGUUAGGACUGUGAUCACUCUAGUUAUUAUUAUUUAGAGGUUUUCCUCUCAAAUCUUUUUUCUUUCUCGGGCACUGGUUAUAUAUUUCAGAUAACGCAGCCAAACACUUUGAGAUUUCUAGAGAUUUUUCAAGAUUUCAAUAACUUCAAAAGAAGGAAAAAGCUCUGUUUGGGGUUUGUUAUACAUUUGUCAAGGUAUUUGAAUUUGUUUUUUCUUGGUAUCAAUUUCCUUUCUACACAGAUCCUUUUGUUGGGAUAAAAUUUUCGGCUUAUCAUAUAUUUUGUUUUAUCUUCUCUUCAUAAUGUUAGAGUCUUAAGGAGUCUCUCUCUAUCAUAUUGGAUGAUACAUAUAUAUCAUUCAUCAAACAAAUUAUGGUGUUUUAGAUAAUUUUUUUGUAAUAUAAAAUUAUUUUUUCAUCAAUUUUUUUUUCUAAUUGUAUUUUUAAAACUAUUUAUUAAGAAAAUGGUUUCAUACCAAUAAAGAUUAUUUGUUUUUUUUAUGACAAGAAGUUUAAAAGUCAGUUUUAAAGAUAAUAUUUUUAUUGUCUUUAAUGUCAAUGAGGCCUAUUGAUAGUUUUAUUUCUGUUAAUGUUUUAAAUAAAGAAUUAUUUGUUUUAUUUAUUCUUGGUGCUACGGUUCUAUAAGAACCUAGGCCUCUCUUAUGAUCUUUCGCCACUCUCUUCUAUCCCGAGCGAGCAUUCUACAUCUUCGAAUUCCCAUCCUUUUCAGGCUGUCCUUUACCUUGUCAAGCCAUCUCAGGCGUGGUCUUCCU